AUAAUCAUAAUAUUAUUAUAAUACUCCAUCCUUCCUCAUGGCCCAGAACCAGGAUCAAUCUUCUUCAACCACUUUGGGUUAUCUUGCCCCCAUCUGUGUCGCCAUCUUUUUUGUCGUUGUCUGGAUCAUCAUCAGCACAAGAUAUCGUCUCUCCCGGGAUCCAACCCAUCAACGCCCCAUGGACCCUGAAAAUUGGGCCCUUGGCUAUGCUCACAUCGUGCUGACCAUGUCUGAUCUCGAGGCCCGUUUCCCUCUCAUUGAAUACGCUCUCUAUCAUCAGCAGCAGCAGCAGCAACAACAACAACAACAACAACAACAACAACAACAACAGCAAUCGGACCAUCUCCACAAGAGUGAUCUCCAGUUUCCUGGUACCGGUCCUGACCCAAUUUUACUCCCAACCCAAGCAGUAUCCACCUCGCCGCUUUCGUCGACCCACCGGCCACUCCCCCCCAGUGGCGACCACUACGACCUCGAAACAAAGGAGAUGAAUGAUUCUGACGCUGUGUGUGCCAUUUGCAUGGAAUACUUUGAGGGUAACGAUUCCGUCCGGUCGCUCCCCUGUGGUCACGUCUUCCACGCGACCUGUCUUGAUCCAUGGUUUACCAAGCGACAAGCUCGCUGUCCACUGUGCAAAACCUUCUACCUGCCUGAUCACCAUUUCCCAGCACCCCUUCUGCCCCCCGCGGCUGUCUUGAUCAGAAACCAGAUCAUGCCCCGCGUCCUCUGAUGGAACCCAGACUUUUUUUUUUUUUUUUUCAUGCACC